GUAUCUUGAGGAUAGUGGAAAAGAUCAGAAAAGAAGAGAUCAUCGAAAGAUCAUUCAUCUCAUCCAUAUUCAAGCACAUGAAGGAAGGAGUAGGGAGAGAAUUUUCGUAUAGAGAGGGAACCAAGAGUGAACCCGCUAUCAGUCUUAGGCUCUCCUAAGAGCCUUCCAAUAUACUCAUGCUAGAAUGAGAGAGAUUCGCCUUAAACUGGAGCCAUAUCCAAGGAUGGUGUAGGGGUGCCCAAUUUUUUGCUGUGCCUAACAGACAAGGGAGACAAGGAGAGAUGGAAAGAAUGAAGAAAGGUAGUCUUUAGACCUCGUCUUAAAGGUCUAAACCUAUCGGUUUUAGGCUCUCCUCAAAGCUUUCCAAUUUACUCAUUUCUCCCUUGUCUUUAAAAUAUUUAAUUUUAAAAUUUAUAUAUUUCCAGCCAUUACCGACGUUAAUCUGAUUUGGGGUGCUUUUGAAUAUAUGAAUUUGGAACAAAAAUAUGUUUAUACUUUGUGGUCGUUCAUCUCUAGUAUUGGAGGGUCUAUAGGUGUUUGGUUAGGUCUAUCCGCACUAAGCUUGAUUCAACUUAUUACUUUCCUAACUGAGAAAACGGCUGUUAAAGUUAACGAAAAGAUAAAGAAAGAUAAGGUUACUACUCCACAUAAAGUGUCAAGUAAUCAGCAGCCAAACAAAAAAUACUCGACUGAUAGUGCUAGGGAGAAUGAAAAGAAGAUUUCGAUGAAUCCGUUUGGUGGACCGGUAAUUAAAUUAAAUUUCUUUCCGGAAAAAUAUUUUCCGGAAACAUUUUCCGGAAAAUCAUAA